UCUAUCGCCCGGCCUUCUACAUCUGCCCAAUGAAUCAGGAGCGGAUGCGAUGUAUCCUUUUUCAGUGGAGUGAAUGGGCCAAUGGGAGUUGGCUUGUGGAGCAAACACUGAGCCCUGCGCUUCCAUUCAUUCAGUGCUGAGCAGGCCCGCGGAGCAGCAGAGCGCGCGCCGCCGUCCCAGACCCGACGACGCGGUUCCUUUUUUUUAAUAUAUGCACAAGAAAGCGCCUGGUUCCCCCGCAACGAUAAGACCCGAACCCGAGCCCCGAGAUCCGAACCGAUCCCUGCAGACGCGACGAACCCGGAGAACCGCUUGGAUUUUACCCUUGAAUUCCUCCUUUUUGGUUUGAAUUCUCCCACAACGGGACUUUGCAGAACUGGGGCUGUCUCGCUCCGAGAUCGGCCUCCCACCACCACACCACCACCCCUCUCUCUCUCUCUCUCUCUCUCUCUCUCUCCCCAAGUGCGCAGCAGUUCCCCGGGUGCCCGGCCUCCCUCCACCGGGAGCUCCAUCGUGGAUUUACUGUGUGUUUUUCUUUUUCAACCCUGGAACCGAUGCAUGCGUAACCCGCGCUGAACUUUUUCUUCACCGCCGCCGAGGAGAGGGAAUACUACCGCACAGGGAUACAGUCGCGCUUGGAUUAACAGGACUGUGAAUGUUAUGCAUUAGCCCUCACACUUUACGCGUGGACAUUGCCCCUUCCCUCUGGAUGGAGUUCUAGGCUAAAUCUCUGGUUGAUGGAUUCGACGUUAUGGAUGGUUGCAUAUAGGUUUUCCGAUGCAUGCCAAGUCUACGGUGAAUGUCGGAAGUGGUGAUCCCCCCAGAUGGAGCUCCAAAGUCAACAUGGCCCCGGCGGUUCAUUAGUGGUGAUCCAGCAGCCUUCCCUAGAGAGCCGGCAGAGGUCGGAUUACGAGCGGGAGCUCCAGCAUGCCGCCAUUCUCUCCCUGGACCAAAUCAAGGCCAUCCGCUCCAACAACGAGUACACCGAGGGGCCCUCGGUGGUCCGGAGGCCCCCUGCGCCCCGCAUGCCCCUCAGGCCUCAGGACAAGCAGGAGAGAACUCACGAGGUCAUCCUCGUUAAUGUGAACAACAAUUAUGAGCACCGGCCAUCAGGUCACCACCACCACGUCGGGGGCGGCAUGGUGGUUGUGGCUGGGGGACAGCAGUACGGCGGGUCCCGGGCCCCAGGACUCAGCCGCUCCACUAGCACAGGAAGUGCUGCCAGUUCAGGGAGCAACAGCAGCGCCUCCUCUGAGCAGGGACUCUUGGCACGCUCACCCCCCACCAGGUCCAGCACGAGCUUACCGCACCACCACCGAGUGGAGCGGCCUGUUAGGACUCAGCCCAAGGCCCCUUUGCAGCCCCAGCAGGGACCUCACUUCCACCAGCCUCCACUAGAGGCCCCACUCAAGCCCCAGGGCAAAGGGAAAUCAGACUUCACCGGCAGUGGCAAGGGGGUGGUGGCUGCUGCCGGCCACCAAUUCAUCUGUGAGCGCUGUGGGAAGUGCAAGUGCAGUGAGUGCACGGCUCCCAGGAGCCUGCCCUCGUGCCUGGCGUGUAACGGCCAGUGCCUCUGCUCCCCCGAGAGCGCGCUGGAGCACGGCACCUGCAUGUGCCUGGUGAAGGGCAUCUUCUACCACUGCUCCAACGACGACGAGGGGGACUCGUGUGCGGACCACCCCUGCUCGCUGUCACGCUCCCACUGCUGCUCUCGGUUCCUGUGCAUGGGAUUAAUGUCGGUACUCUUCCCCUGUCUGCUAUGCUACCUGCCCGUCAAGGGGUGUCUGAAGGCGUGCCAGGGCUGCCACGACCGGGUCAACCGGCCCGGCUGUCGCUGCAAGAACUCCAACACUGUGUAUUGCAAACUGGAGAGCUGGGACCGACCGCCCCAGGAGAAACCCUCCUGAUCGCCCCUGUGUGUUUGUGACUGCGUGUGCGACUCGACGUGGAUCUAACGAUGACAAUGAUAAAUGACGAUGAAAGUCACAAAUUAAUGUUUAUCAAACAUUCUUAGCACCCCCCCCCUCCUCCUCGCUGCAGAGCCGUAAGGAGCUGAGCAACGGAGUAACGAAAACCACUCAAUUAUUUUUAUUUUCUCUGGAUCAGGACCAUGUUUUUACAGACCAGUGUUUGCCUUAACUGUUUCUAUGUCUAUCCUCGGCUCCUCAUUAACACUACUUUUAAUUUUUAUAUAUAUAUACACAUAUAUAUAUAUAUAUAUAUAUGAAAAAGUUAAGCCUCCGUUUUAGGUGGGUGGUUUCCUCCGGGUCUGUGUGGCCCGGGGGGAAACCGCCUCUAACCAAAUCUGUGAAGGACGAUCUCCUGUAGGGCAGAUAUGUAGCUGAUACCUGGUUUUCAUAGUGAGCAGGUAUAUUUGAAUUAUCGGUUGCGACCACACAGAAAAACAAACCUUUGCUCAUGUUGCAUAAAUGAAAAGCACAUCCAUCUCAAAGUAUUUCCUCCCAGUUGGAUAUGUUUCUCUCACUCACACUCUGUGGCAUUCUCCCAUGUUUUCCCAUUCUCUUUAUUUUUGUGUAAAUUGUAUGCUCAAAAAUCCAUAAGAGGAAUUCUGGCUAUUUUUUUGAAAAAAAAAGAAAAAUGUCUGUUUAAAACCAUUUUUUUGUUGUAAAAAAUAUUUAUUAUGUGAAGCUCUAUUAUUUUAUGAUAUUUAUUGCAAGAGACAGUCUUAAAUUUACUCAUGUCUGAAUAUAACAAAAUAUCAAAUACUUACUGAAAAAUUAAAGGGUGGCACAAAAGAAAACUAUGUUAACUUUAAUGCAGAAAAUAUAUUAAUUAAUGAAACAAUA